GAGACACAAGGAGACGCAUGCGACCAGUCCCUUGGGGAAGUCGCUGAGCCCCAGACUAGCCUCCUGAGCAUCUCGUUCCCCAACCCUGAGAUCGAGGACGACGCCUGCGCCCCGCGCUAGGAAUAAGUGAACGAACCGGAGCAGGACCUCCUGGUGAUUACGAGCUUAUUUAAGAUCAGCCAAGAGAUGCGGGGCCUCGUGAUUGGCAAGGGCGGUGUAAAGCUACGAAAACUCUGUGACAAGCACCAAGUCAAGGUCAUCUACAAGCCAAAUGACAUUAGUGUGGCCAUCACAGGUCAUCCAGCUAAUGUGCAGAACUUUGAGAGUGAAGUCACUAAAAUUAUGGAACUUGCUCAGUCACGUAACUUUAUGAAAUUCACUAUGUACAUCCCGCACGAAGCCAGACCUCUCUUGUUGGGAAAGAAAGGCGCCAGGCUAUAUCAUCUCUGCAAGAAGCACAAGGUCAGCGUCCGAAUGACAAGAGAGGAAAACGACAUUGUGAUUUCAGGCCUACUUGAUAAUAUCAAUGGCUUUAAAAAGGAAGUAAACGGCAUCCUGCGCUACGCUAAGUACACCACGCAAUGAGAAGGAGAAUUUUCUCACUACUGAGGUCUUCCUUGCUGAGGGCCAUAACCCCCUCCGCCCUCCUCAUGCGCACUCGAGAGCAGGCCGCUUUAGUCAACGGUCUCAGCAAUUAAGUGUUUGGCGGUUCGGGGUCAUGGCGUCGGAGCAUCCCAGGGG